UAUCCCAUCUCAAAAACAAUGUUUACUCUGAACUGAAGAACAUCGUGGCCGGCGACUCCUUCUACGUUUACCAAACUUCAGGAAAAUAUCUGUGGAUGGCAACGCCAGAAAGCGCCAUUUCCUUCCACCGCCCAUGCCCCAUGUCCAGAAAUCGGACACUGGGUUUUGGAUUCAGUCUCCCGUCCAAGCAAAUCUUGCAAUCCAAAGAAAACCAACAGACCCACAUGCACAUGUAAUUAGACGUACAGAUGGAGAGCUUCCGCGAAGUUUCCUCUGUUACAUCUCUGCAAGCUUAGUGCUGCCUGUUUUAGCACGUUAAGUAAUAUAUGUUGUCCCAAUAUGUUGUCUCAAAAUUUACAGUUGCAAGGACAACAGUUUGCGUAAGAUUUUGGACAAUACAAAAAUACAUACUAGAAUCUGGCCAUAGUGAAAGGUGGUAAUCAUACAAAAAUUUGUUAAUGAUAGGAAUGUGUGGCAAAGAGAAAGAAAUUUCCAGGAACUUUCCUGCCUGGCUUGUUGUUUUCAUUUCAAUGUCAUUAUGGGUUUUGUUUGGUUAUUAAUUCAGGUUUUGUUUGUUACUGAUUAAUGACUUCAUAAAAAUCAGUCGCACUCGUUGGUGCCAGGUGUGGUCCACUGUACAGUCCACGGAGGAAGAACUUAAUUUUCAAGGCCACAGGAAAAUUUCAUCAUAAGACUCGAAUUAUUCAUCAAUUGUCUCUUUUUAAAUGUAAGUCUCGCUACUAGCAGCCCUCAUAGUCAUCUAUGAUUUGUAAGUACCAUUAUAUAUAUAUAUAUAUAUUUAUAAGGAUAAUGAUUAACAAGUUAGUGUCUUCAAUGAUGGGACUGGUGCCAUGCGAUUGGACUGGUUAACCUUCUCUUUCUCCACCUCAACUUCUAUCUCAGUUUGUGUAAAGGAGGGCUUUCAUGUUCCGUAUAUAGUGCCCGGUGUACAACAUAAUCAGCAACAAAUUAAGUUUAAAAAU